GACGAUCUACAUGGAGUUUGAGAAAGACGUAAACGUGAAAGGAAUCCCCGCCUAUCGCUUCACACCACCGCGCUCGGUUUUGGCCAGCAAGGGGGAGAACCCAGCCAACAAAGGAUUUUGCAUCACCCCAGAGGAGUGCCUGGGAACUGGAGUUCUUAAAGUCAGUCCAUGUCGGAAAGGUGCUCCAGUCAUUGCCUCCUUUCCUCAUUUCUACCUGGGGGAGGAGAAAUAUGUGGCUGCCAUUAAAGGAUUGUCCCCUCAGAGAGAGCAUCACCAAACGUAUCUAGACCUAAACCCGACUACCGGAGUGAUUGUGCGUGCAAAUAAAAGGGCACAAGUGAACAUCUUGAUCAACAGACUCAGUGGAUUCCCCAAAACAAGAGGCCUCAAUGAUACAAUCUUUCCUGUUAUGUUCCUCAAUGAG